AUGAGCACCAAUUCGAAUACGAAUGGGCCGGCGUCGCCGAAUACCCGCCGCAACGCACGUGAACGUGCAGAUGCAGCACUGCGCACCUCAUCGAUCGGCCGUAUAGGCGGUGGCCCGGUCUUCAUCCCCGCCGUCCCCCCCGUCCGCGAAGGAUCGGCGCGCCGCAAGCAGGCGGCUGCCAACGCCGCCCAAAGCCGCAACUACGGCACGAUGGAGGGCAACGGCAGCAACGUUGUCUUCCGCGCCUCCUCGAUGCCGGUGCAUUUCUCUCGUAUGGUGUAUGUGCGCCGCGCGCCGAAGCAGCUCACCGUUGCCCAGCAGUCUGCGCGUCUGGCAGAAAAGGCGAAGAAGAAUUAUUUUCACGGCAGCUUCACCUCUGCCCACGGGGCGGUCUUUACGGUGCCGAAUCGCGCGCAGCUGAUGGCCACAAACCGGCCGUCACGUGCGCCGUCGAUGGGGAGUCGGCCGUCCAACUCGCGCAACACGUCGAUGACCGCCCGCCGUCCCCCGCCAAUUGCGCUCGACCUUGUCCCGUCAGCAUCCGCCAUGAAGAAGGUGUCACCGCUGCAGGGGACGUUGUCAAGCUCACGCGAGGGCAGCUUCACUGCCGCGUCCAAGCCCGGUGUGAGCGGGUUUCUGAAAGAGCCCAUCGUGCUGCCGCGUCGCUCCUACAGCGCCGGCGCUCGCCUGGGUGAACUGCACGCCACGGAGCUGCAGAACUCCUUCCGGAAGCUGAAGGUGGCCCCCGUUGGCGAUCCGACGUUGGCGCCGGUGGCAGAGAUGGACUUCCGCGACUCGUCGCCCGAUCUGCUGGCGGUGCAGCUCAUGCGGGAUCACAGCGCCGCGCGCCACGAGCGGCAGCUGCUGUCGCCGACCACCAUCGCGCGUGCGUCGCGUGCGCUGCGCGCGUUUGAAGAGCGGAAGGUGCGGAUGCCGAGCAAGUCCUUUUUGAACACGAAGGAAAUCGGCUACGCAGGUGGCACGAUGGCGGUGCCGGAGCACACACCUCUGGUCUUGGCCACGCCGAAGGCCGAGCAGCGCGCAACCGCGGCGGUGGCAUCGGCGUCAUCGUCUGGACUGGGAGCCGCAACGCUCCUCUCGCCCCUGCGCCGAGUGCAGAUCAAUUCUGACGCCGACGAAAACGUUGCGGAGGAAAACGCGGACUACGCGGAAACGAACGACGGCAGUUUCGAGUCGCAAGACAAUAUAUCGUGGUGCGGCGCUACGAUGGACUUGUUGUACCUUGCCGCUCCUGCUGCUGUCUCCAUUUGUUUUACCUUUUCCAUGUCGGUGGUGCCUCUGGCCUUCGUGGGCAGCUACCUCGGCCCGCGGGAGCUGACCGGCGCCUCGGUGGGCUACUUCCUCAUCAGCAUUCUCAUUUCCUACCCAAUGGUCGGCCUGACCUUCGCCCUCGAUACGCUGUGCUCGCACGAGUACGGCCGCGACCCGCUGAGCCCGGAGAUGGGGCUCGUGCUGCAGCGUGGUGCGCUCAUCAACAUGAUCAUGCUAGCCCCCUUGUGUGGUCUCAUUUACUUUCUUGACCGCAUUCUCGUGCCGAUAUACGGCGAGGUGAUCGCGAAGGAAGCCGAGGAGUUUCUGACCUACUCCCCGCUGUACCUCGUGCCCAUGGUGCUUUUCAUCGCCUUCAACAAGUUCCUUAACAAUCAGAUGCAGCCGCACAUCCCGAUGAUCGCGCUGACCGCCGGCGUCAUCAUGACCCCGUUUCUGCAGCUGAAGCUAACGCCGAUGGGCGUGCGGUAUACGAUGCUGGGCAUGGCGAUCACGGCGUGGUUUCAGCUUGUCGUCGUCGUCGUCAUCACCCUCUUCAAACCCGAGACGCGCAUCACGCUGGGCAAGUGGCGCAUCGCGGAAGCGCUGGAUUGGACCGAUGUGAAGGAGUACAUGAAGCUAGCCAUCCCCAGCGCCAUCUUCGUCGCCGCUGAGGCGUCGUCCUUCGAUGUGACGGUGCUGCUGUGCGCACGCUUUGGCGAGGUGGACGGCGCUGCGUGGUCAGCCAUCAUGAACUCCCUCUUCAUCUUCGCCUCUCUAUCAGGCGGCCUGAGUGCGAGUGCGUGUGCGAACAUUGGUCGCUGCAUCGGUGCCUUUGAGCCGGUGAGUGCGAAGCGGUUUGUGCUCGUGUCCAUCCUCGUCGCGUUCCUCUUAGGGCUCAUUGACUCUGCUAUUUUAGUCACCUUCUUUGACUUCUUCAUGUCUUUAUUCGGCACUCAAGACAAGACGCUGGGGCUGGCGCGUGAGGUGCUCUUCAUGCUACCUAUCUUUCACAUCUGCGACUCGGUGCAGUUCACCUUCCAGGGCAUCUUCAGCGGGAUGGGCAAGAACCACCUCGGGGCGGUCAUCCUGCUUACCAGUCUGUGGGGCAUCGGUGUCCCGCUCUCCUUUAUUCUCGGCCAUUACCUCGGCUAUCGCAUGUUUGGCGUCUGCGUGGGCAUCACGGUAGGCCUGUGCAUCGAGGCCCCGGCGAUGGUGUACGCGGUGUCCACCAUGGACUACGUGGUGGUGUGCGAGAAGUUCGUGGAGGACGAGGAGAGCGAGGAGACGGACGAGACGGAGGAGUCGGAGGAGAGCGAGGAGUACGACGAGGAGUACGUGGAGGAGAUGAUGCGCCGCUCCGGCAUUUCCAUCGUGAGCAGCAGCGAGGUGUCCGAGGGGAACACGGAGCACUACCGCAAACUGCUGCCACCGCGCCGUCGUGGCCGCCCGCGUAUGACGGUGGAGUACCACGACGAAGACGAGUAA